UUCUAGAUGUUUCCCUGUCUUCCUGGUGAGAUCAGUGGGGUUAGUGCAUCACAAACAUUAUGGGUUUGUUUACUUGUGUUUGUGUGUGUGUGUGUGAGAGAGAGAGAGAGAGAGAGAUGUUCUUAAUGAAUAGAUUGUCACCGGUCAGAGUAAUUGGCCACUUUAGAUGUGCCAUUUAAACAAACUGCGUUUCCAGGUCUCAGGAAUGUUGAUGGCAUCGUAGAGCUUUGAUUAGUGCGUCAGGGAGGUUGUAACCAAUGGCAGCUGGUCCUCGGAGGGUGUGAUGGUGGGACUGGUGGGACAUGAAACAUAUUUAAGGAAAAGGAGCGUGGACGGAUAAGAGACCCACAGAAUUCUGCUAGAAGGUAAUUUGUUUAAUAAUUGACUUCUUCUUGAUGAAGGACCUCCAGACAUUCAACGCAAGAGUUUUCUUUAGCACAAGAGGCAAAUUUGCUUGUUAAAUAUUGUUCUUUCCUCCCUCCACGCAGAUGAAACUCCAGCCGUUCCACAUCUGCUCGGUUCUGCUCAUGUCAUUGCUGUUGCUCUGCCCUGAAGGUGGCCUGACCUUCCAGCUGCAUCCCAUCAUCCCCGAUUAUGAAGCGGCAGUGAAUGAGGCCUGGAUGGAGCCGAUGGAGAAGAUGCAGUUGAUGGAGAUGAGACGGAGAGCUCUAGGGCCCUUGGUGAAACAUCCGAUGGAGACAGCGUACUACAAGAGAGGAGAAGAGGAGGAGGACAUGGAAGAAGGUGAUAUACAACGAAACGAAGUGCUGUCGUCCAUCGCCGGGGGUCUGCAAGCUUUCAACAGACAGAAAGGAGGCUUCGGGUUCCGCUUCGGGAGGAAGUGAAAGAAAUGAUAUAGAAGGAAAGAAGAGAUGGAAGUAUAGGGAUUAGUAUGUGUGUAUAUUUAUAGAUAAAUACAGUAUAUUUAUAUAUCAGUGUCUGCAUGUGUGUGUUUGU